AUGUCGCAAACAGCUCUCCCAGAACUGAGCUACACGCCCGGCGAGCUCACGGAGCCGCAGUUCCGGCUGCCCUCGCACCAGGAGCUGCUCGACCAGAAGCGCCUCUCCACGGACAGCCUGCCACUGGGUCGCCUCAGCUUGGACACCAGGGACACGCAGCCCAUCAAGUACCGGGAGCAGCUGGGCUCGGCGGCGGGUCGUCAGUUUCCCGCGCUGGCAGCGGCACAGAAUCGCUAUACGGAUCACUUGGAGCGCGGCAGCGAGCUGAGCUUCUCCUGCCUGGAGCCGGGCAAGGAUCUAAUCUCAUUGCCAACGGUGGGCGUGCGAAACUUUGACCCACAACCCGCUACUGGUGGCGCCAACGAUCCGGAUUUGAUCAGGAAGAUGCCGCUGCACUCGAUCACGGAGAAGCCGAACGAGCGGUGUCCCUCGCCGGUGGUGCCGGCCUAUGCCAACUUCGAGCUGGCCAAGCGGAUGCACCAGGACAACCUGGACCACCAGCCGCUGCCCGAUUGCGUGGCCGACCUGGCGUUCCGGCGGGCGCAGAUUGCCGGCGGCCAUGCGGGCCUGGCGCUGGAGAUCGAUCCCAUUGCCACGGGCGUGGGCGUGAAGACGCACAAUGCGGGCCCGACGCACUGCACCAAGAUGAAGGUGUUCCGUCCGAAGACCGGCGGCGGCAUUGUGCCCCGUGCCUUGGGCAAUGGCGAUGCCUAUCGCGGCGUUGGCUCAGCGCCGGCCAAGAAGAUGGGCCCCAUGGACUUGGCCAUCUGUUGGGACUUCAAGCCGGCGAAUCCGGCGGACGAGCCACGCCUGGCCAGGCACAUCGAUGGCACCAACGACUCGGCCGGACCGGCCGUCUUCACCUGCGUGAAAACGCCGCGCGAGGAGCAGCCGUCGGACUUGGGCCGUUCGGCUGGCGUCUUCACCAGCACCCUCGGCGAGGCGGACUUCUUCGACAAGGACAUCCUGCGCAAGCGAACGGACUUCGGGGGCACGCGCCUGGAUCGCGAGGAUCCGUGCGCCUGCGACUACUCACCGCCGGCCAGGCAACGGGCACGCAGCGUCUCCCGCGACUCCAGCGCCUCGCAUUGCAGGCGAGGAUCGGGCAUCGGCGCAGCCACUGGCGGCGUGAGCUUCGGCAACCUGGCGGAGCUACCAGGUCGCGGCAUGCCCGACCGCCUGGCCAAGCAGUACCAGUCGUCGCCACUGCUGGGCGACAAGGCGUACCAGGCGCUGCGCGAGAAGUACUUGGGACCGGACUCUGGACAGGAUUGCACGGCCCCCAGUUGCCGGCCAACGGGUGGUCCGCCCUGCAAGCGGGACGUUCUCCUGCGGCGUCCGGCGCGCCGCCUCUGCCACAAGGUGGCCCCAGCACCCAGAUGCUGUGCCCCCUCCUUCGGCGGCCACGGACACGGACAUGGUCACUGCCUGACCAGCGGCGGCAAGGCGGCCUUUCGCGCCGGAGUGCCCAAGCACAAUGCCUCCGGCGACUUCGUGGGCAUCGAGCCGGGCUGUGGAGGCGGCGGCGGCGGCGGUGGUCGGGUGCUGGUGGUGCCACGCCCUCGGCAGCCGUAUGCGAAAAAGAACUACGACAUCGAGACGCUGGUGCCGCCCUUCCAGAGCCAAGCGGGCGGAGCGGGGCAGGGCGGCUAUCCGGAGCACUGGCGCCUGGCCAGCGUCUACCAGCACGCCUACAAGCCCAUCGACCAGCGGAGGCGCCCCCUGCUCCAAACGGUCUACAAGUAGGUGCGCUACACUCCUGUCCGUUCAGCAUGUUGUCCGCUC